AUGGCCUUGCCCUUCCAUCUUCUCCGUCUCCCAGAAAAAUCUCUCGAUUUUACGUUGAAAUGCAUGAUGCCUAAUGUAGUAUUUUCCCUCUCAUUCUGCUCUAAACGCACAAAAAAUGCGGUAAACCUGGGCAAAUCUCCUAUAACUGUGGUAUUUGGCAAAAAAGGACUCUCCUUCGAAUUCAAAGUCUACAACGAAAUGGAAGCUAAACUCAAUCUUUCAAGAGAAACUGUGCCAGUUACUGCACGGCUACGACUUGAUAACUAUAUGUUGUUCGCACGUGGCAAUUUCCAGGGGCCCACGCCUCUCCUCAAUAUUAGGACGUUGAACUUCACUCCAAGAGAUUACCUACUUCAUCUAAUGGAUUUGUUCAAGCAAUCAGAAAUUGAUGUUCGUGAGGAGAUCAAAGACACUUUUUCGAGAAAAAUGAGCUUCGACGUUUGUUAGAUGGCAUUCGAAUCUUGAAAUUUACAUGUUUUAUUUAUAACACAUUGAACGAAGUACACCAGUAUGUAUCGACACGUGCAGAAUCUUUUGAGACUCGCAUUACGUUCUGCUAUCACUAUUGCCACAUGAUGCUUUCCGGAAACGUUUUUCAACAUGAUAUCGAAUGCCCAAUGUUCAGAAUUAAUGAGCUAUUGCAACUGAACAGUGAAUUUAUUGAACUUAAUCAGACAAUCUUUGGCAGCGGCAAUCUAAAUUUAUUCUUGAAACAUUGGCUUCUCGGUUUAACACAUCAAAAUUUAAAGUUUAUGGUUACAACAAUGGAAACAAAAGACCUUGAAGCUUUGUGGAAAGGAAUCGACUAUCAGCAGCAGCCAGAGUCCAAAACAAGAACCGUCAGGAUCAAGCCCCACGUCAAGCAUCCUCCCCGACGGUAUAAAACGUCAGAAACGUUCAAAGGGGGCUACGAUAUUCUGAGAAUCGAUGGGACACUGGCAACGGUGUUUUUAUUCAGAAAAAAUGUCUGUAAUUUUUAUUUUGUUGUUUGGGAUUAAUA